AUGGGGGGUGGUCCAGAUAAAGAACAACUCCUAAUCGCAUUAUGGGAUCCCGAGCCUGUGGAUUUCACCAGCGAGAUCAAACGUCGCUUUCCCUACGUCGAUAUCAACUAUGUCCAGAUCCCACCACCCAGCUCAGCUUCGUGGAAGCAGGCUAUCGCGGAUGCUGCUAAUGCGGUACCCACUGAGGCAUUUCAAUCCGCUACCCUGCUCAUAACACUUACUGCACUACCCCCAAAUAAAGAAGCGGCGCCAAACCUGAAACUCAUCCAUCUGUUCUCUGCCGGCAUCGACAGCUGGGUGGACCACCCGAUCGUGAAGGACAGCGACAUCGCCAUCACGACCUCGUCCGGCAUCCACGGUCCCCCAAUCACGGAAUGGAUUAUCUUGACCUCACUGGUCGCGAGCAAGCACUACAACCUGCAGCAUCAGUGGCAGGUCGAUCACGCAUGGGGCCCCGACCGCCGCUCGUUGUCUGGCACCACUGACUGGGUCGGCAAGCGAGUCGGCAUUGCCGGGUACGGGAGCAUUGGACGACAAGCCGCACGCGUGUUUUCGGCCCUCGGCGCCUCCAUCCACGCAUACACGGCCAGUCCGCGCUCGACGCCCGAGUCGCGCAAAGACGCCGGCUACUGGGUGCCGGGCACGGGCGACCCGGACGGCACGAUUCCGGCAGCGUGGUACAGCGGCACGACGAAGGAGUCACUGCACACGUUUCUCUCGUCAGGUCUCGACGCGCUCCUCAUCGCCCUCCCAUUGACACCCUCGACACGACACCUGUUCGGCAAAGAGGAGUUCGCACUGCUGGCAGCUCCGGCGGCCGACUCCCCCGCCGCCGCGACGCGCAAGAAGGGCACGAAAGGCGGGUUCGUCAUCAAUGUCGCGCGCGGCCCGAUUCUCGACCAGGCGGCGCUGGUGGCCGCGCUCAACGACGAGACGCUGUCCGGUGCGGCGCUGGACGUGGCGGAUCCCGAACCCCUGCCCAAGGAUGAUCCGUUGUGGGACGCGAAGAAUGUCAUCAUCACGCCGCAUGUCAGUUCGCUCGGCGUCGAGUAUUUCGAUCGUGCCUAUGACUUGUGGAUCACGAAUUGGGCCAGGCAUGAGAAGGGCGAGCCGCUGUUUAAUCUCGUGCAGAGGAAGAGGGGUUAUUAG